AUGCAAAGUUUUAUUCCAUUACGCUUCAGCGGAGCGCUGGCAAUCCCUCCUCUACUCAGUGGCAAGCUUUGUGAUCCUCAGUUUUUCAAAUUUGGACACCAAGACUUUAAUUCAACGUUGAAAUAUGACAAGUUUUGUUGGAAUAAUUCGUUUUCAUUCGAUGGUCAACCAUACGCUGUUCAUCCUAAUGCAUGUGGCGAUAGUGGAGCAUGUAUCUCUCAAUAUCGGAUUCGUGAUGGGAUUAGAGAUUGGAUCUUGGUGGAAAACACCGAAAAGGAAAACGUCGAAAGCGAGGAAAAUGUCGAAAAAAAGGAAAGUGGAAAAUAUCGAAAAAAAAUUUUUUGUCGAGGAAAAUAUCGAAAGGAAAAUGUCGAAAAGGAAAAUAUCGAAAGCUAA